AUGCAGAACUCCUCGAACUCCUCAUCGCCACCUGCCGCAGCUGUCCCGAGCGCCGUCAUUCCUACGUCCACGAGAACGCCGUAUUCGCCGUGUACACUAUCUACCGCAAAUACGAACAUCUCAUCCCAGAUGCCCCAGACAAGUACAUUAGCGCUGACGUUGACAGGAUACAACAAGGCUGCUUAUGGUGACGAAGAAUCAACAGAAGAACUGACCUUUGAGGUGGAUAGCGACCCUAGGAUUGUGACAUCGAUGAAGCUCGAUGCCUACGGCGGAUUGGGAGAUGUUACUGGGAUCUGGGAGGAGUCUCGUGAGGAAGCUUUCAAAUACUUCACAUCGCUCGAACACAAUGGCGAGUAUGCGGCGGCAUACACUUCGUUAGGUAUAUAUUACUCGGAACACGCGUCACCACCUGACUCUACUCGAGCUUCGAAGUGUUUCCAGGAAACAUUUGAACUUGAUGCCCGUGAAUCAGAGGCUGCGAGGCGUCCGGCGGAAGGCUUCGCUGACGAGCGUGAAUGGGAUCUGGUUGAGGUGGUGGCUCGACGUACUAUAGAUGGUGAAGGCGGGAUGGUAAACGCGUGGGCAUGGAAGGCUCUUAGUGUCGUGGAGCUGGUAAAGGAUGUACUUAUGACAUUUAUUUCCAACCUAACUUUAUUUGGCACAGAUAAGGAGGAACUAUUCGGAAUGUUUUUUCAAGCGGCACUCCGAGCGGAUGUCGAUGACCAGCUCUCAUGGCUAAGACUUGGUGAAGCCUACAGUAAAGCCAACCGCCAUGUUGCUGUCCUUAGGGCACUAAGUCGAGCUCACGAGCUUGAACCGGACGACUGGAUGUGUACAUACUUCAUAGCAAAAGUCCAACGGCAAGCGGGAAGGCUUGCAGAAGCUCUUACCUCUUUCCAGUCUAUACUGGAUGUUCGCCCCGCUAAAGCCGGUGUCCUUUUAUCUGAGCUGUCUUUUAUCUCCCGUGUCAACGUCGUGUCAGUCGCCAUCCGGGAAAGCCUGGGAUAUCGUGGAGUUGCCUGGAAAAUCGCUGCUGAUGCUCUGCUGUCGCUGCCUACAAUUACCACAUCACAGCAGGCUCUUCCGAAACCGCUCGGAGCAACAUGCGUAUAUCAAGGGGAUACCAAGAACGCGGCUAAGAUCGGUCUCCUAUACUUAUACCAUAACGACGUUAACUUGGCCACCCAAGCAUUUACGAAGGCGCAAACUCUUGAUCCGGGUUAUACCAUGACUUGGAUGGCCAAGCAUUACGAAGUGGACGUUCGUACAUUACUCGAGCACGCAGUCAGCAUGACAGCAGACGUGCCUAUGGCAGACCUGCAAUUUGACUUGCGCGUUCUUGUUACCAUAAACGAUUCAAAUACAGUUCGUGCACCCACUACAGAUCGCCUUUUAACUCCCUUCUUCUUCCUCGGGUGCCAUUCCAAACGCUGCCCGGCUGAUGCCUGCGACCUCCAUAUCUUCUUAUUUGCGAAUUCCCCGAAAAACUUGAACAGGGACUAUGAAGGAUCAUUAGCAUCUUUCGAGAAUGCUCUGGGUCUACUUCCUGAAGAUGUCGAGCGGGAAUCGCUGAUUUGGUCAGCAUCUUUCAAGAUGGGUGAUCUUCAGGCCGUCAUGGCAGCGUUCCAAGCUGCUUUGGAAAGUGUCGCCGACGAUCGUGUUCUCCGAGGACAGCGAUUCCAAGUCAACUAA